ACCACCUCCUCUGUCGUCUGUUGUGCAUCCACACAACGCCGGUUGGAGCCGCUGGUCAUGUGACGUGAUGUGAGGACCAGCCUCGUCUCCAUCUGCCUUAUUAUUAAUAUUAUUAUUAUUAUUAUUAUUGAUCAGGAAUUUAAAAAAAAGAGCCAGAAACCCCAGAAGGAUGAGCAGUAAGGAGCUGACGGUGGGCCAGUCCAGCCAGUAUGUGGGCCCCUACAGACUGGAGAAGACCCUGGGGAAGGGACAGACAGGUCUGGUCAAACUGGGCGUCCACUGCAUCACUGGACAGAAGGUGGCCGUAAAGAUCGUCAACAGAGAGAAACUGUCCGAGUCGGUUCUGAUGAAGGUGGAGAGAGAAAUCGCUAUUCUGAAACUCAUAGAACACCCUCAUGUUCUGAAGCUGCAUGACGUCUAUGAGAAUAACAAAUACCUGUGAGUAACUCAUCUACCUGCCGCUGUA